AUUGUCAUGCACCCAGCAUCAUGGCCGCCACAUCCUUUAUGCACACAUGUUGCCGCUGCAUGUGGCCUUUUGGUGGCAGCCGAGCACUUGCCUAUUUUGCGGACAAGAAGAACGAAGAUCAUGAUGAGGAGGAAGCACACCACCUCCUUGGAAACGUGAUUGACAGCGAUGAUGAGCAAGUUCAGGCAGAUGCUUUGAGUCCGGAUCAGAUCAAGAGGUUCUUGGAUGCCUCGAAAUCCACUCGGUCUGCGACCUCUAACAUCUCGAACCGGCCUCGUGAAUCGCGGAUGCCAGGACCUUCAUCGACAUUGGCGCAUCGGACGUCCGCCAGCACCAAAGCGGCUGUGGAGUACGAUGAGCUUUUUGAUGAGGAGCUUGAAGAUGAGCCAGAGAAUUUUGGAGCAGGAAAGAACUGGAGCCUUGAGGACCCAGCCAGUUUCAGUCCAGUGGACACAGGCGGAAGAGGUCUUGGCUUUGGACGUGCUGACUUCAGGUCUCCGAAACUUGCCAAUGGUCAGGCACAACCGCUGGCUUCCUCGAGCCAACCAGCAAGAGGUUCAAGAAAGUACGAGGAUGACGAAGAUGAUGAGGAUGAUGAAGAGGUGGCUGGACCUCCGAUUAUGCUGCCAGCCUCUCCAUCCUUUUUGCCACCUCAGAUGGGUUUCGGAGGUCUGAGCCAGGCAGCCCAGGCCCUGCCCUCAUUUCCACAAAGCAACGGGUUGACACUUAACGCAGGAGAGUCUGCGAAGUGCUCCACGGAGAGACUGGAGGCAUCUGGAAUGCUUGAUGCAUGGGACGGCGACAGCAUUGUUCUUGAUGGCGAUGCAGGUCACUUUGUGGAGGUGCCGGAAGCAACGGCCGUUAAGUAAGCGACACCAUGCGCUGACUGCCUGCCAAAGUGUCGGAGAAGAUGCGUCAGCGUGGUUGAAAAG